AUGGAUUCUGUGAGGGGAUUCCUCCUCGAGAAAUGGUGUUAUAAUUAUACUAACAAUAGGUAUUUAGCGUCUUGGGAACAAGUUGACGAUAAUCUAAUCAAAAAUAAAGUGAAUCAAGGAUUUAAUUUGAAUGAAUUCCCAUCUCUUGGUGGUGGUGUAGGGAAUACUGCUAUUAAUUCUGCUCCUGAUUCAAGUGGUAACAAUGCUGCUAAUGAUGCUGCAGUCAGAGCUCAUUUAUUAAAACUUCAACAAUUACAAAAUCAAGAUUUAACAAAUCAAUUACAACAACAACCUAGUGGAAUUCCACCUCCAGGUUUACAAAACGUUCCAAAUUCAUCAUCCAUGUCAAUACCUCAAUUGAAUUCAAUUCCAUCACAAACAAAUAUUAUAACGAAUAAUGCUAAUGCUAAUAAUAAUACUACUAAUAAUAAACCAAAACAAAAACCUGAAGAAGAAUUAACUGAUAUGGAUAGAUUUGGAUUAAAUGGACUUUUAGGUUUAUUAAGAAAUGAAAAUAAUGAUCAAUCAACAACAGCAAUUGGAACUGAUCUAAAUAUUUUAGGAUUAGAUAUGAGUGAAAAUUCAAUUGAUAUUAAAUUAUCCAAAACUUUCCCAUCACCAUGGAUUGAAACUUCAAGAAGUGAAGUUGAACCACAAUAUCAAAUUAAAGAUUUUUUAAAAAUUGAAAAAAUACCAGAUAUUUCUGAAAAAUUAUCAUUAUUUUCUGAUGAAACUUUAUUUUAUAUUUUUUAUUCAAGAACAAGAGAUGUUUUACAAGAAUUAAGUGCAAGAGUUUUAACUCAAAGGAAUUGGAGAUAUCAUAAAGAACUGCAAGUUUGGUUAACUAAAGAUUCAAAUACUGAACCAAUUCAACAAUCUCCACAAAGUGAACGUGGUUUAUAUAUUUUUUUUGAUCCUCAUAAUUGGGAAAAAGUUAGAAAAGAAUUUAUUUUGUAUUAUCAAUCUAUAAUGACACCAGCAUAA